AGACGGGAGAUGACAAGUGCCUGGAUUAGGACCUGCGCCGCUUCCUGUGUGAGGCAGGGUCGUACUCUGCGAAUGUUGUAGAGCAUGAACCUACAGGAUCGGGUCACCGCCUUGAUGUUAGUGGAGAACGACAGGGUGUUGUCCAGGAUCACGCCAAGGUUCUUAGCACUCUGGGAGGAGGACACAAGGGAGUUGUCAACCGUGAUGGCGAGAUCAUGGAACGGGCAGUCCUUCCCCGGGAGGAAGAGCAGCUCCGUCUUGCCGAGGUUCAGCUUGAGCUGGUGAUCCGUCAUCCACACUGAUAUGUCUGACAGACAUGCAGAGAUGCGAUUCGCCUCCUGGUUAUCAGAAGGGGGAAAGGAGAAGAUUAAUUGUGUGUCGUCUGCAUAGCACUAAUCUAACAUACCACUAAUCGAUGGACUUGUUAUGUUAAACUAGGACGUUAUAUUUUGGUGUAUAGUAAUUAACCUUAUAUUAUUAUAAGGUUAUAUAUAUAUGUGUAUUUAUUAUAACAGGGCUGUCAAUGCGACAAGCCCCAAGUGGAUACGCCGUGGGCCAAUCAGGAGCCGCGCUGCAGAAAGUUUGCCUUAUAUGGAUAAAAGGAGGGGCGGGAUGGUUACGACAAUGCGGAUAUAAAAGCGGGAACCUUGGCAACGGUUUUUAUGUCACUUCUGUUUCUUCACUGGCCAGGAGUAUAGCUACACUCUCUCUUAAUAACACCGCUAAAUCUUCCUACUAAAACACAGAAAUGGAAGACGAAAUAGCUGCUCUGGUCGUUGAUAACGGCUCCGGUAUGUGCAAAGCCGGUUUCGCCGGAGAUGAUGCUCCUCGGGCUGUGUUCCCCUCCAUCGUGGGUCGCCCCAGACAUCAGGGAGUGAUGGUUGGCAUGGGCCAGAAGGACAGCUACGUUGGAGACGAGGCUCAGAGCAAGAGGGGUAUCCUGACGCUGAAGUAUCCCAUCGAGCACGGCAUCGUCACCAACUGGGACGACAUGGAGAAGAUCUGGCAUCACACCUUCUACAACGAGCUGAGAGUGGCACCAGAGGAGCACCCAGUCCUGCUCACUGAGGCCCCCCUCAACCCCAAAGCCAACAGGGAGAAGAUGACCCAGAUCAUGUUUGAGACCUUCAACACCCCUGCCAUGUACGUGGCCAUCCAGGCCGUGUUGUCCCUGUACGCUUCUGGCCGUACCACCGGUAUCGUCAUGGACUCUGGCGACGGUGUGACCCACACGGUACCCAUCUACGAGGGUUACGCUUUGCCCCACGCCAUCCUGCGUCUUGAUCUGGCCGGACGCGAUCUCACGGACUACCUGAUGAAGAUCCUGACGGAGCGAGGUUACAGUUUCACCACCACGGCCGAGAGGGAAAUCGUACGUGACAUCAAGGAGAAGUUGUGCUACGUGGCGUUGGACUUUGAACAGGAGAUGGGCACCGCUGCCUCUUCUUCCUCUCUGGAGAAGAGCUACGAGCUACCUGACGGACAGGUCAUCACCAUCGGUAACGAGAGGUUCCGUUGUCCAGAGGCCCUCUUCCAGCCCUCCUUCCUCGGUAUGGAGUCUUGCGGUAUCCACGAGACGACCUUCAACUCCAUCAUGAAGUGUGACGUGGACAUCCGUAAGGAUCUGUACGCCAACACGGUGCUGUCCGGAGGAACGACCAUGUACCCCGGUAUCGCUGACAGGAUGCAGAAGGAGAUUACGUCUCUGGCUCCUUCCACCAUGAAGAUCAAGAUCAUCGCCCCUCCAGAGCGUAAAUACUCCGUCUGGAUCGGAGGCUCCAUCCUGGCUUCUCUCUCCACUUUCCAACAGAUGUGGAUCAGCAAGCAGGAGUACGACGAGUCCGGUCCCUCCAUCGUCCACCGUAAAUGCUUCUAAAAAAACAACCUAACCCGUACAGACUCUCACCUUCCCUCGUUCCCAUUCCUAUGAAGACUCUCUGGUUCGACACGCCGACUUGGGGUCUGGGUUUUUUUUUUGCGUUUGCAGAGCUCCCGUCAGAACACCUUGUCCACAGAUGUGUGUUGUCUUCCCCUGCUGUCAGUCUUUCUGAGAGCCUCCCUGUUUGGCUGGAUGUGACAGGAUGUGAUGUCAUCAUUGUCUGACGGCAGCCUUGUUGACGGUUGUGACUCCUCCUGUUUUUAUUUAGUCUCAUGUUUAUUAUGGUCCGCCACCCUUAUUGACCUCUAUGGAGGUGUUUCCUGUCUCACCCUAAUCCCCUCUACCUAAUGCACUAUUGACCAGGGCCCAUAGGGAUCUAGUGUGUUAUCUAAGGGGUUAGGGUUGUAUUUUGGGGGACCUUAACUCUGGGCUCUCUGUGUGUGGGGGAGAGAGGAAAAGCUUAAUAUGUAAAUGAUAUAAAAACAAUUGUUUUUGUACCUAUCAGUCUUAUACAUACAUGGUCCAGUUUGUUAUGCGAAGAGGUUUGACCUAAUGAGGGUAAAGGUGUUCCUCUCUCUGCGAGGCAGGUGUCUCCUGUUGUGGACACGGUACAAUACAAAAAAAACAAUAAAGUGCACAUGUCUAUUGAAA